AAAAAUAGACAAAAAAGGGCCAGGGACACAAAAUAUAAUAUACAGCAAGAGCAACGAAGCUCCGACGUCACGGAUCACGUGAAUCAGACAAAGUGAAUCGAGCUCCGAUGCAGCGCUUUAUUAUGAAGCUCCGGAGCUUUGUGUCGGAUGUGAAAUCACUCUACCGCAAUAUUUUUUAGCCGUUUUGCCGACGGAAUUGGACGUUUAGCAGAUCCGCUCUUUCUAGCACGCGAGAAAAAAACAUCCUCUCCUGCAACGAUUCGUCUUGUUCACAUCAGCCUGAAAGUGAAGAAUAUAGAGUUUGACACCGAGCAGAGAGAGAGAGAGAGCAUGAAUGAACCGUGCAGGAUCAAACAGGAAGAAGAAGAAAGAGAUCUGAAUGGAGGAACAAAGGAGAGCGAAGACUUUAUUGAAGCGGAGGAGAAACAUGACGUGAAAUCCGCGAUAAAGCCCUUGCGCCGCUCCCCGAAGAGAAAGGGCAAAAAGAACUUUACCUGCUCUCAGUGCGGAAAGCGCUUCUCGUACAAACAAAGUCUGAAAAUUCACAUGAGAGUUCACAGCAGAGAGAGGCCUUUCAUAUGUGAUCAGUGCGGGAAGAGUUUCACACUGAAAGGAUCCCUCAGACAUCACAUGAAGAUCCACACCGGAGAAAAGCCGUACAAGUGCGAUCAAUGCGGCCAGAGUUUCACGCACGCCAGCACUCUUAAAUUACACGUGCAUUCUCACUCUGGAGAGAGGCCGUAUAUCUGCGACCAGUGCGGCAAAGCGUUCAUCAGGAUAGGAUCCCUGAGGACUCACUGGAAAGUUCACACGAAGGAGAAGCCCUACGUUUGCUCUCUGUGCGGAAAGGGUUUCAGCCAGACGGGCGCCUUGAACACGCACCAGAUACGGCACAGCGGUGUGAAGAACCACAUGUGCUUCGACUGCGGGAAAUCCUUCAUUAGAGAUGCCGAACUGAAACAGCACCAGAAAACGCACACCGGAGAAAAACCGUACAAGUGUUCGCACUGCGACAAGAGAUUCAGUCAAACGGGACACCGCAAAAUACACGAGAGGACCCACACCGGAGAGAAGCCGUAUACGUGCGAUCAGUGCGGGAAGCGCUUCACGCAUCUCAGCACUCUUCGAUUACACGUCCUCGCCCACUCUGGAGAAAGACGGUACAGCUGCGAUCAGUGCGGCAAAACGUUCGUGAAGACGGUAUGCCUGAGGGCCCACCGGAAAGUCCAUUUGAAGGAGAAACCUUACAAGUGCUCACUGUGCGAAAGGGGCUUCACUCAGAAGACCGCUUUCAAAUCCCACCAGAAAAGACACGGCGGCGUGAAGGACUGCAUGUGCAUCGAGUGCGGGAAGAGCUUCAUCACGAACGCCGAACUGAAGCUGCACCAGAGAACCCACACGGGAGAGAAACCUUACGGGUGUUCACGCUGCGAGAGGAGGUUCAGCUGGCUGGCGUCUCUGAAAAUACACGAGAGGAGCCACACGGGAGAGAAGCCGCACCGCUGCUCUUCGUGCGGGAAGAGCUUCAGUAAAUUAGAUUCUCUACGCAAUCAUAAUAAAAGAAAAUGUCCAACGGAAUAAGAGCUUUCUGUCCUAUGAACCUUUUGUGACCGCUUGCAAUGAGUGGCUGGAGAGAUAACCUUCAUAGUUUUACCACCGAACAAGUGUGCAGAUGACCAAAAACAGGCUGUAGCUUAUAUAAGUGUGUCACUUGUCUGAAAUUAUAUAAUAGAAAUGUAAAAAUUAGGAUUUGUUCUCAAUCCUUUUGCUUGGUUGCAAUAUCGUUUUCUUCACUUAAUCUUAUUACCAUAUGCCAAUGCAAGAUGUACCGUUUUUCUACCGUAUGAUUUUUUUAGUGCUUCUUAAGAAAACUUAAGAUUGAGUGUCCUCAACUGUGAUAUAUUUUGGAAACCAUAAAUAAGAAUCAAAAUGCUUUUAAUAUUCUGUCUCUGUAUUUCAAAAAUGCAUAGCUACCUCUUGGAGUGCACUUGAUUGUACUAAAUACAGGGAUAGUAUGUUAAAAGCACAUUUAAGUUUGUUUAAAAUAGCACAGUUGAGUACACUUUUCCUUAGGUUUGUUGUUAAGUACUAAAUAAUCAUUUUUAGUAUGUAGAGCAAAAAUAGAGCACUUUAAUACUGUAGAAGUGCAUUUUUGUUCACCUGGGAACUCAUGAUUCUCCAGGAAAUCCCUGUUAUGAACAAGACUACUAUCUGUGACUGAAUAAAAAGACAAAAAACCCA